AUGGAUUGUGAGAAUGGGACAGAUAUCAAAGAUUUUGUUCUUCUGGAUUUUUCUACCAAGCCUAGAGACCGGACCCUCUUCUUCCUCUUCUUAUUGCUAAUGUACAGUGCUGGACUUUUGGGCAAUGUUAUAAUGUUUCUUCUAAUCACCUUGAAUGCACGAUUCCAAACCCCGAUGUAUUUCCUGCUCCAUAGUCUUUCAGUCAUUGAUGUUGGCUUCAUCUCACUCACAAUGCCAUGGAUGCUGGUUUGCCUGAUAACUAAUUCCAGGACCAUCCCCUUCUAUUUCUGCAUGGCCCAGUUCUUCUUCCUCUCUGUAUUUGGUGUCACUGAUCUCCUUCUUGUGAGUGUUAUGGCCCUGGAUCGCUAUGUAGCCAUUUGUAAUCCUCUCCACUAUGUCUCAGUGAUGAACAAAAAGAUUUGUGGGAAUUUAGUGGCUGGAUGUUGUAUCGUUUCUAUCUUACACUCCAUGCUGCAUGCUGGCCUGCUCCUGCGUCUCAGUUAUCGAGGGAAAAAUCACCUGGCCCAUUAUUUUUGUGAUCAUCAGCCCUUGCUGCAGCUGUCCUGCUCAGACACCAGUGUCAACGAGGCGGUCAACUUCUUUGAAGGUGGAAUCAUCACUUUUGGGCCUUUAGUUUUCAUCAUUCUCACCUACAUUCGCAUUGUGGCAACUAUAUCAGCUGGUUCAGAAUGCGGCCGCACGGCCUCAGGAAUAAAGAAGUGA